GAAGAAGUUCAUGAACAGCAGCGUAGGAGCUCAUGCAAGUCAAGGCAGAGUAAAGAAAAAAGAUACCAAAUUGAGAAAGUUUUCCUCUUUCGAAAAUUUACUUGUCUAUUUUGUUCAUUAGGUCGAAAUUUGCUUCUUAUGUGAUUGUGCUUUUCUUUCCUUGUGGUACGCCUUGGAUUCAAUAAGAAGAAAAAGAAGAAGAAAAGGAUGAUGGCAGAGGAGAAGAAGUGGGCAGCAGUGGAGCAGAACGGGAACAAGAAGGAGAGGAAGGUGUAUGAUUUGCCUGGUCAAAAGCGCAACCCACCCGAGGAGAGGGACUCUUUGAGAAUUUUCUACGAAACACUGUAUCAGCGACUCCCUGAUAGUGAAAUGGCGGCUUUUUGGAUGAUGGAGAGUGGGCUUCUGCCUCUGGAGGAAGCAAAGAAAGUGUACAAGAAGAAACAGAAGAGGAAGCAGGAACAGAAGCUAGGGUCAGUUAAGAGAAGAGUGGACUCUGUCAAAGUUGUUGAAAAGGCAAAGGCAAGGGACCCAUCAUCUCCUCCGGCCUCGGCAAAGAAGAAGUCGGUGGAGAAGUUGAAAAACGUGUCAUCAGUGUGGAAGAAGUCCAGUAAGCGCAAGAGUAGGGACGACGAUAGUGCCACAUCUGAGAAUGAAGUAGACGAUGACUUUGUUUUGGUCAAAAAGAAGAAAAAGAAGUCUAAAGCCUGA